AUGAGCACAGGAGUUUUGUCGUUUGUUAAGGGUGUCGAUUUCUCUUGGAACGAUUUUUCGGGUGAUCGUUUUCCAAGUGUCGUUUCUGAAAUGACUCAGAUGACUUGGCUUAAAUUAAAUCAUGCGUCAUUGGAAAGGGUUCCUGAUGAAUUAUCUCGGCUUACAAAUUUGGAACAUCUUCAGUUAUCUCGGAAUAGUUUAACAAGCGUUCAUGGUGAAUUAUCUGAUUUGCCACGUUUGCGAUCAGUAAUCGUUCGUCAUAAUAAUAUCAAAACAUCGGGUAUACCAACAGAUAUAUUUCGAAUGAAGGAUUUAACAAUAAUCGAUUUCAGCCAUAAUUUAUUGCGUGAAGUUCCACCAAAUCUUGAAUACGCCAAAUGCGCUAUUGUUCUGAAUUUAAGUUUUAAUAAUAUUGAAAAUAUUCCUAAUGCAGUUUUUUCUAAUCUAAUUGAUUUGUUAUAUUUGGAUCUUAGUAAUAAUAAAUUGGACGUUUUACCUCCACAAAUCAGGCGAUUAACUACUUUGCAAGUGAUACGAUUGUCAAAUAAUCCUCUUAGUCAUUUUCAACUCAAACAGCUACCUAGCAUGAAAUCAUUACGUGUAUUGCAUAUGAGAAAUACUCACCGAACAUUGGAAAAUAUUCCUCCAACAUUGGAUGAUUUGGAUAAUUUACAAGAUAUCGAUUUCUCUUAUAAUGACCUGCCUGAAGUACCAGAUUGUCUUUAUAAAUUGAAAAAUCUUCGCAAAUUAGAUCUAUCUCACAAUAAGAUUGAAAAAAUAAACUUUGAUGGAGCAUUAUGCGAUCAACUUGAAACUUUAAAUUUAUCAUCUAAUUUAUUAACAUCUUUACCUGAGCAUCUUACUCGUUUGAUCAAGCUGCAGAAACUCUAUGCUAGCGAUAAUCAAUUAACUUUUGAUGGAUUUCCGAGUGGAAUAGGUAAACUUGUGCAAUUGCAAGCCCUGUAUUUAUCUUUUAAUAAACUUGAGCUUAUUCCUGAAGGUAUUAGCAGAUGUGUUCGACUUCAGCGUUUAAAACUUGAUAACAACAGACUUAUUACUUUACCCGAUUCUAUACAUCUUCUUCCAGAUCUCAAAGAACUUGAUUUACAUAAUAAUGAUGAAUUAAUAAUGCCUCCGAAACCAUCUGAAAAUAAGGCACUCGCUUUUUAUAAUAUUGAUUUCUCUCUGGCAAAUCAGAUGAAACUUGCUGGUCAAAGUCCAUCAUCAUCUGUAAGUUCUAUUUUAAGUUCUCCAGUGCCUAAAGAUCCUUUUACCAGAAAAAAAGAAUUCUUGAGAAGAAGGCGAAUGCAAGCGGACAGUCAAGAUGCAAAUAAAGUUAUCGAGGGUAUGUCACACGUCGCUGGUGCAAGGGAACAGCUUGAAGAUGAAUCUGAGUUGUCGAAUGUGCGGGCUCUAUCGUGGAAAGAUAAAGUGGAUCAAAAAAAGCCUCUUAUCGAUUAUAGCGAUAUUUUUGAUGAAGAUGUUGGUCAAGAAGAAGGCAUGUGGAUUUGGGAGAUUGAAAAUUUCUAUCCCAAUAUAAUGGAUCCUUCAUUUCAUGGGCAGUUUUAUGAAGCAGAUGCUUAUCUUAUACUACAUACAAUUAAAGAUGAUGGUGGUUCAUUAAAACAUGCAAUUUUUUACUGGAUUGGAGAUCAUACAACAUUAGAUAAAGGCAUGUGUGCAGCGGUGCACGCAGUAAAUCUGAGGAAUCAUUUAGGUGCCUCAUGCAGGACAAAUCGUGAAGAAAUGAAUGAUGAAUCGGAUGAAUUUCUUGAAUUAUUUGAUGAUGAAAUCACAUACAUUGAAGGUGCUAGGACGUCAUCAGGUUUUUAUACUGUUGAAAAACCAGCGCAUCUUACAAGGUUGUAUCGAGCAGGUGUUUGUGGAAAUUCGAUUGAAAUGGAACCGUUACCUUUAUCUGCUGAAAGUCUCGAUCCUCGUUUUGUAUUUCUUUUAGAUACUGGUAAAACAAUAUGGAUUUGGACUGGAAGAAAGGCAAGGAUAACUGUUUCAAACAAGGCACGGUUAUUUGCGGUGAAAAUUAAUAAGCAUGAUCGAAAAGGAGUAUCAGAAAUCGAAACAUGCAACGAGUUAAAAACUCCACCUGAAUUUUGGAUGGCCCUUACUGGAUAUGAUAAAAAACCAAGUGAACCAAUAGUGGAGCAUCUCUCUGAAGAUUUUGGACCUCAAAGAAAGCGAUUAUACCAGGUGCAAAUUGGAAUGGGAUUUUUGGAGCUUCCUCAGAUCGAAUUAAAACAUAAUAUUUUGAAACAGGAAAUGCUCAAUACAAAAUGCGCAUAUAUUCUUGAUUGCACUUCAGAUAUAUUCUUGUGGCUUGGUAAGAAAGCUAAUCGCUUAUUGAAAAUGGCUGGUCAAAAAAUGGUUGCUGAACUACACAAUAUGUUAGAAAGACCUGAUUACAGUACUAUUUUUCGUGAAACAGAGGGUGAAGAAUCAACAAUGUUUAGAUCAAAGUUCCAAGGAUGGGAUGAUAUAGUGCCGUUUGAUUUCACUCGUACAGCGGACAGUGUUCAGCGGCGCGGUGCAGAUAUCAAGAUAAUCAUGGAGCGCGAUAAGAUAAAAACUGAUCUUUCACCACUGUUUUUGCCUCGUCAACCAGCCAUGAGUGACGAAGACGCUGAACAAAUGAUGACUGAAUGCAAUGAAGAUCUUGAACUUUUAGAACCGUUUGUUCUGGAAAGUAAAAAAUUUGUUAAACUUCCUCCUGAAGAAUGGGGCAUAUUUUAUACAAUGGAUUGUUAUGUUUUCCUUUGUCGAUAUGAAGUGUUUCCCGAAGAUUUCGUUGACCAUGAUGAAGAAGUUGUCGAUGAUGAAGAAGGUGAUGGUGAUCUUUUAGAAAAUAAGAAAAAAUUCGAGAAACUUUUCAAAGAUAAACUUGAAGUAGUCCGAAUGUAUCAGCAACAAGAAAAUCAUAAAUUUCUUUCUCAUUUUCAUAAGAAAUUCGUAAUUCGGAGGGGUCGGCGUGGUCUGAGUUUGAAUCUUGGUGGUCAUUGGCCAGAACUCUUUCAUAUGCGUGCCAACGGUUCGGCUGUAUGUACGCGUACUAUACAAAUUGAUUGCAAUGCAAACCAGUUAAAUUCAGCUUUUUGCUAUAUUUUACGCAUACCUUUUCGUAUGGCCGAUGAAAACGGUGUUAAAGGCUGGAUUUAUAUUUGGUUGGGUAAUAAAAGUAAUCCCAAUCAGCAUAAGUUAUGUGAACAGAUAGCGAGAGAACUUAUUAAUAAGGCAAAUGAAUUUCCCAUAAAAAUUAUCAAGGAAGGUGAAGAAGAUAUAGUGUUUUGGGAGAGUCUUGGCGGUAAAAAGAAAUAUGAGACAAAUGGUGAUUUUUUGAAUUUCACUAGAUUAUUCAGAUGUACGAAUGAAAAAGGAUAUUUUGCUGUUUCCGAAAAAACAGUCGAUUUCUGUCAGGACGAUUUGGAUGACGAUGAUAUUAUGAUUCUGGAUAAUGGUGAUUUAGUGUUUCUUUGGUUAGGUUUUCACGCAAGUGAUGUGGAACUAAAAUUGGCUUAUAAAGCUGCCCAAGUAUAUAUUGCCCAUUUACGAACGAAACCAAAUGAAAAACAAAGGAAGCUUGUACUCAGUCUCAAAGGAAAGGAAUCUCGACGAUUCACCAAAUGUUUCCAUGCAUGGAGUAAGCAUAAAAUACCAGCUGGUGAUGAAGCUUUUUCCUGA